AUGAACUUUUCCAUUCCUUCACUGGACCGCCUUGUCGCGGGUGAUGCUCGGCCCGAGAACGGCAACACAGAAAAGGCUGGGGCGGCAGUUCAGAGGAACGCCCUGCAGGCGCUGCUUGCGAGCGUCACCCGCGUCGUCCGAAGUGCGAACAGCAUUCCGUCAGGAGACGAAUACUCGAUUCGAACGAGCGGCUCUGAAACGGCAACCCGACUCACGCACGAGGCAGCCGCGGAGACGCUCGAAGUUCUGGGACUGGUUACGCGUCUCGCAGUCCCCGGAGCGCCGUUUGCGGAAGCCGCUCGGGCGAACCUGUCUGGACACCGGAGCCUCUCAGGUGUAUCUCCACCUGGUGGGGAGGGUGCGAAACGCAGGCCGCCGCAAGAACUGAAGAACCUUUUCCCCGUUUUCCAGGACUUCCUCGACGACCUUCUGGAUGAUGUCGACCGGGCACUCGCCUUUCACGACCGCCAACCCGGCGUCCCGCUGCCGCCGCCGAAACCGAAGAAGGACGGUCCAGGCGGCGAUCGUUCUCACAAGGGCGCGUCGAACCAGACUGCGCUCUUUCCAGAGGGACACAUCACUGCCAUUUCCCUCGCUUCGUCUUCUGUGCCGCUCUCUUCUUCUCUCCACGGCUCGAGCCUCGUGUCCGUGGGAGGCGGCCAGGCGAUGCGCGAGCUCGCUGCGGCGAUCCGAAAUCGCCCGCAACGGCAGUGGCUUCACCUGAUCGACAACUUCGCCCCGCGGUUUGUCCCUCGGCUUCCCUGUAAACCGCAUGCAAUCGAGCCUUUGCACCCGGCGAUCGUUCGCGCCCAGGGCCUCCGGUUCAAGCGCAUGUGGCGGCUGAGGCGGCUCCUGGAUGGAGACGAAGAGCCGGACGAAGAGCCGGACGAGGGCCCCGAGGCCUUGCCAGGCGUCUCCAAGUCUCCUUCGGCGAAUGCGGAGGAUUCCACGAAGGCCAACCAAAGCAUCGGUGAGGUGACAAAGGCAAGGCCCAGGGACGGCUCUGGAACCUCGGACGGCGCGUCUCAGAAGGAUGUAUCCACGCCUUGUCAGACCUCCGGCGUCUCGACACCCGUCGCUCUUCCCCCCUCUCUGUCUCUCCACCUUCACGGCCGGGGGGCCCUCCCCCUAGCGAACCCUGGAAAUCCUUCCUCGCGAGACGCCGGCGCCGACUUGCCGAGCCCCGAAGCCUCGCCACGGUCGACUGCAGGCAACGAGGAGACAGAGCCUCUGCCGCAUGUCUACGAGGCCGAGCUCCUCGCCCUCAACUGGAGACGCCCGGAGGGCCACGCUGUUGACGGCAUCUGUGGAGGCCCCGACUUGUUCACAGUUGGCGAGCCGCAGCGAUGGAAGCCUCUGAAAGACACGCCCCUCGUGCGCAUCUCGGAGAAGGAGGAGCUGCAGCAUCUCGUCGACGAGCUGUCCACUGGUGCGCAUCCCUUGGUGGCCAUCGAUCUGGAGCAUCACUCGUUCCACUCCUACCGAGGCUUCACGUGCCUCUUGCAGCUCAGCACGCGGGAGAAGGACUACUUGAUUGAUCCGUUUCCUCUCUUUGAGCACCUCCACGUGCUGAACGCGAUCACCGCGAAUCCAAAGAUCCUCAAGAUCUUCCACGGAGCGGACAGCGACAUCAUUUGGCUGCAGAGAGACUUCAGCGUCUACGUCGUGAACAUGUUCGACACCUGCGUAGCUGCACGCGCUCUCGCAGUCCCCGGCGGCGCCUCGUUGGCCAACCUCCUCCACACCUACUGCGGUGUAGAGGCGAACAAGCAGUAUCAAUUGGCCGACUGGAGACGACGCCCCCUGACGCCGGAGAUGGAGGCAUACGCCCGAAGCGACACCCACUACCUGCCUUUCAUUUUCGACGUGAUGAAAAACCAACUUCUGUCGAAGCCGGAGUUGGGAGGAGCGUUGUCGCCACCGGCCGUCACUGGCCUCGAAGAAGGCCUCGAAGUUACGGAGGCUGGCCAGCAGGCGAUGCAGUUCACCUUGGACCGUAGCCGUGACGUCUGCUUGAAACUCCACGUCGAGGCUCCUUUCGACGCCCCUGCAGAAGCCGAGGCGCUUCUCAAGCGAAACCGCGCUGGCCUCUCGCCUCUAUCCUACGUUGUCUUUAUCGAGCUCCUCAAGUGGCGAGAUACCUUGGCGCGGCGUCUGGACCGUAGCCCUGUCUCGCUUGCCACGCCCGCGCAUCUUCUUCUUCUCGCGCAAAAGCGGCCGACUUCGACGAUCGAGUUUAACGCGGCGAUGCGGCCUGCGCCGCCGACCCUCCGCCAGCACACUCAGGAACUCAUUCAGUUGAUUCAGAGGAGCCUGCUGGGCUCUGAGGCGGCGCAGCGCGCAGCGAGUGGAGCUUUUCUGUCGCCGGCGCUCCGUGCGGUUCCUGAAGCGUGCAGCUCCGGCGACGCCCAGCCGCCGUCGCCUCCACCUGCGGUGGGCCGAGAGAAAGAGAAGAGUAGGAAGCGCUCCAGCAACGAGGAAGACGCGAACGCGAGUUCUUCAGACAGUGACGAAGAUCUUCUUCCCAAGGCUGCACUGUUGCAGCGGGCUGCCGCCGAGGCUCGCCAGGAAGCGGCGCGAGCGGCCGAGGCCGCAGGCGGGGCCUCGCCGUGUGUGAAGAAAGAGUUCUCUGGACAAGAAGACGGGGUCGCGCUCUCUUCUGGGACGGGUUCCGACGCGCGUUGGCCGCAGCCGUGCUCCCCUGGCGUUGGAAAAAAGGAAUCUGCCGAGUCAAGCGCGUUGUUCAUCAGACCCAAACGAGAGCCAGAUAGGCUUGAGAGCUUCCAAGCGAGAAAGCGACGCCGUCUAAUUGUGGCGGCAGGCGACGAGAAUACGCCGCGUGUCCCUGGCCUCGCCGCAAGCGCGAGAAAAGGAAGACUCGAUCUGCCUCAAGUCUCCGUGAAGGUUGUCGUCUCAGCAGAUUCGAUGAACCGCGCAGCCUACCCAGAUUUCCUCAUUCAGAGGCGAGGCGGCAGGCGAAUGCCGUCCAACGCUGCCACGCUGCCCGGAGACUCGGCGUCGCGUCCCGGCCGUGCUUCGACCUCGGACGUGUGCAGCCAAGUGUACGAGGAGCUGAAGCUGGUGGAGCGUCACCACCUGCUCGUCAGUCACGAGGUUCUAAACGAUCCGUUUGCCUGCCUCCUUCCGGCCGCGGCGGUCGCUGCGGAGACGCCUGAGGCGGAGACGCGUGUCGCGCCAGGAAAGCCGACCCACCCGUCGCCGCUGGCCGCACCCGAAGAGGCCAGAGCCGGGAGCGCGCCGGCGUCGAGCUCUGCCGUAUCGGGCGGCUUCUUCCCACUGCUCUGUUCCCUUCCGGUUCCGCCCCCGCCAGCCGCGCUGCUGAGUGCGCUGGCCGACCGUGGCGAAGGCGAGGAGACACCCGCCGGGGACAGGCCGACGGCCGCCGGCGAGGAGGACGAGGGCGAGCUCGAGAAGGAGGCCGGAGACGUAGUCAUCGUCGCGCAGCAAAAGUGGAAGCGAAAGGGGCGAAAACGCGGCAAGGGCGGCAAGCGAGGCGACGGACCGGGUGGCGUGAAUGAACGGCCGAGUCAGGACAAAGAGGACGGAGACAAAGACAAAGGCAGAGACAGAGACAAAGAGGAAGACAGAGAGGAGGAAGGGAAGGCGGUGAACGGGCCCAGACAGGGGCACGGCGGCGGAACGAAAGGUGGAAGCAACGCAACAGUCAGUGUCAGGUCGGGCAGUGGGGUGUCUGGAACGGUCGCCUGCGGGGUCACGGCCGAGCUCCCGCUCCUCGCUCCCGAGGAGACACUGCCUCGUUCGAGGCUGAUGAAAGAGACAGGCCAAGCAAAUCGAAAGGCGGCGGAUCAGCCAAACGCUGCGGCCGAGCCAGAGGCAGAGUCGAAGGCCUCUCAACUGAGGAGCGACGCGGUGGUUCCGUCGGCUGAGGAAACGCAGGCAGGUGAAGGUCGCGAACGCGCAGCGCGCGACACGAAACGCCGACAGUCCAACGAAAGUUCGCGCGACUCGGACGAGAGCGACAGCGCAGAGGCGGAAGAGAAAUUGCGGUGGCUACCGGCCGCCUUCCUCAGCAAAAGCCUCACAGCAGCCAGUAUGAGGGCGCACCGAACCGGCGGGAAACGGAACAGCAACAAGGCGGGAAAGGCGUCGGCAUUUCAAAGGGGCAAACGGCAGCGCAAGUGA